AUGAUACAAUUGACAAAUGCUUUAUGUGGCCUUUGGAGGCAAUCUAUUGUUAGGUGUGCAGAUAACAGCGGUGUUAUAAAGGCAUGCAUAAUUGGAAUUGGGAAAAAUAAAUGGGGUACUGGAAAAAUAGGAGAUCGAAUUAGAGUAUCAAUACGUGAUAAAACUUCUGAAUGCGGUAUUUCAGAAAAAACGCCCAAAGGAAUUAUUGUUAGAAGAAAAAAAGAAACGAAAAGAAAAGAUGGUAGUUAUAUAAAAUUUGAUGAUAAUGCUUUUGUUAUGAUAUCAAAAAAUAAAUUAAAAGCCACAAAAAUAAAAGGACCAGUUGCUAUGGAAACGAGGCAUAAUUGCAGAAAUUUGGCGAGAUACAUUUUUUAA